CGCAGUGGGCGCUGAGAAUUCAUGAUGCUUGCAGUUGGUAUGAACGUUUUUGAUGGUGGAAAGCUUGAAUUUGGAUUCCAUGUUCUUGAAGCUGGGACGAACUUUGUCUGUUCAGGUAUUCAAUACUUUAAUCAUGCUCGGUAAGGAAGAGAAGAAUCAGCAAAUAAAGAAUCCAAUAACCCUUAGUUGAAAAGCAAAUUGAUUA